GCCGCGAAGAGUUUUCCCCAAUCCUUUAGUGUGCGGGCGAAGAGUUGAUGCUCGCCCCCUGAAUGGAUUGCUUCCGGCGUUCCACUCCAUCCAUCGCGGUGGGCCCUCCCACACCCCCUUCGCUUUCGGUAUUUAUUCUGGCACGCCUUGGGGGGCGAUCCUUUUUUAUCCCCAUCAGCUCGCCAGAAUAGCCAUACCAUUCCACUCUUUCACCUCAGUUCCAAUUCAGGAUACUGAUUUCCCCCUCACCACCAUGGCUUUCGAUUGCUACUGCGCAAUCUGCGGUGUUGGUUUCUGUGGCAUGCACAUCGAGGCCCCGUCUGAGACAGCCCUCGAGCGCCGCAGGCGGUGGAUCGAAAAGCGAUGCCGGGCGCUGCAGGCCGGUAAAGACUUCAGGCAGGUGUCCCACGAGGGAGAGGAAAAUGAGGAGCCCGUCCGCAGCUACGAUCCCCGCAUUGUUGGCUGGGACAAUAUCUCCUGGUUGUAUAAGGCACACUGCCUGGGGGUGGAUGAAAACGCUAAACCGGGUUCGCCAAAAGCGUUUCUCUCGGAUGAAGGAUACUAUGCCGAUAUUGGCGAGUUUGUCGUCAAGGCCAAAUCUGAUGGUUCUCGGUCGCGUUCUCAGCGCGUUUAUUCAUGCUAUGGCCAUGGCUCGGAGGAAGCGCCCGGUCCCGUCUUACCGUUCCACUGGUGCUGUUUUGAGAUCUUAACUCGCGCACUGACGGGUACGACUGACACUAAAAACGUCAAUCUGGACGUGUUGUACAAUAUCAUGACGCCGUUGUGCAACAUGUCCGGGUCCGCCCUGCAAUUGAGCUACGGAGACGACAUCCAGCGCUCGCAAGGCCGCUACUGGGAAUGUAUCCCGGGCGCAGAGUACUGUGCCGCCCACCCGGUGGAAACACCCGGACUCGAUGAACACCUCCAAAGCAACAUGGAGACGAACAGCGGCUUGAAGACCCCGUUUGUGGAGCUGGAUCUCCGCGACCGGAAGCCCGUCAGCCCAUUCGGCAAACUGCCCCUUGAGAUCGUUUAUCAGAUCUGCAAAUUCUUGCCUAGCGAUUCGCUAAAGGCACUGACUGAAGCCUCCUUGCACAUUCACCUCGUCACCCAGGAUAAUCUAUUCUGGAAGCAGUAUAUGCAGCAGAACAUGCCAUGGUUCUGGGAGCUUCAGGCAGCAAAGAACCAGAAGGUCCCGGCGGAUCUCAAUUAUAAGAGGAUGUACAUGUGGCUCGAAAAGAUGACUGCUCCUCGGUACGGCAUGGACGACGUGAAGCUAAUUGGUGUCGCCAACCGGAGACGCAUCUGGGGUGUUUGCGAGGAUCUUGCGGAUCGGUACAACAAGAGCCUGAAUCAGCCCACAGUUAGCGCAAUGCAGUGGGGAAGUGGCUGAGGGACAGUACUCUAUGCUGUAAUAAGAUGGAGAAAUAUUCCCGCCCGACAGUCUGGCGAGAUGCCCGACCAAAGGCUCCCCACGACGCGCUUCAACC